AUGGAUCUCUCAUCCAAAGCACCCCUCCACACGCAUUUUCUCGAUACCCUCAGUGGACUCCCCACCAUCCGCGCAUUCGGGUUUCACACCGCCAUGCAACAACGCCAUACAAAGCUCCUAGAUAAUUCCCAAAAGCCCUUUUAUUUACUAUAUUGCAUCCAAGUAUGGCUGAUGCUUGUCAUCGAUCUCUUAGUUGCCGCUCUGGCGAUUCUGCUCGUCACGCUAGUGGUGAAAUUGAGAUAUACAGCUGAUGCGGGAUUGGUAGGUUUGGCGUUGGUGAAUAUUAUGGGAUUUAAUACUACGCUGUCGGCGGUUGUUAUUCAUUGGACGGCAACGGAAACAAGUGUAGGGGCGGUUGAGAGAAUCAGAUCAUUUGUGCGUGAGACUCCGGAUGAAAAUCGAAAAGAAGAUGAGAAUUUUGAAGAGGGAGAAAGAGAGGCAAAAAUAGAGGUACCGGAAGAUUGGCCUAGUAGAGGCGCGAUUCGAGUUCAAAAUAUAAUAGCAUCGUAUUCUAAAAACCAGGAACCAUGCUUACGAAACAUCGAUCUUGACAUUCCCGCAGGUCAAAAGAUCAGUAUUUGCGGUGCAUCCGGCGCGGGAAAAUCAUCUUUUAUCGCACUACUUCUGCAUAUGCUGGAAGUACAGCAGGGAUCAAUAACGAUCGAUGGGAUUGACAUUCUCAAGAUUCCACGACAGCUCCUGCGAGAACGCAUGGUUGUUAUACCCCAGGAUCCAGUCUUUAUCAAUGGUUCGCUUCGCCAGAAUCUCGAUCCCUUUUCUCUGCAACAGGAUGAUGUGGAAAUUGUAGCUAUUUUGGAGAAAUUGGGACUUUUACUUCCUGGUGUGAUCGAGACCGAGGGACUUUCUGAUGAAUUUGAUUCGAAUAUGUUAUCGCAUGGGCAGCGACAACUUUUUUGUCUGGCGCGUGCGGUGCUAGGAUACAGAUGGAUAAGGAGGGUGAAGAAUAGAUGUCCGAUUGUGGUAAUGGAUGAGGUGAGUGCGAGUGUGGAUGUUGAGACGGAGCGGGUGAUGAAGAGGGUGGUGGGGGAGGAGUUUGAAAGGUCGACGGUGCUGGGGGUUGCCCAUAGAGAGGGAAUGGUUGGGGGAUGCGAGAGAAUGGUGGUUUUUGCGAAGGGGAGAGUGUUGGAGGAGGGGGAGUGGAAGGGGUCGAGUAGGGAGAGGAGUGGACUCAAGGUGUGA